UACAGCACUCAGACCAAUUUACUAUUUGGCUUUGUUAUAACAGACCUAGUAGCCUAAUCAUAAUAUUUAUAUUUGUAAUACUUGUCUAUUUAAAAUCCGUCUAUAGUCUCCAUAAAAUCAGGCUGGGCACUGCAUAUUUGUUUAUUGCCAUGCUGUCAUUGUUCUCUCUCUUUUCAUGUCCAGGCAGUGAGUUGAGGAGCUGUGAUUGUGUUAUAGGAUUUAUUUGGCAUAGGCUACCAGACAGUAAGUAGCCUGUGAGUUUGGAGUAAAUAACCCGUCAAUUCGAGAACUGGUGUGGAUACUAUAAUAUCGAGGUGAUAAGAGUACCAACCUUUUUUACCGCCAACAUGUCCAUGCUGCGCUGCUCGCGCCCUCGAAUGGCAACAUCCGGGAACGCGGCCGAUCAUUGACAUCAACCUCACCUUGAUGAUUUGCUCAACAUCAAGGUUUUCAGAUCAACAAGGACAAACAUUUUAUAAACACCUUUUUUUUUUACUGAAAUCUUUGGACAGUCAUUGCAAAGUAUGUUCACAAAUAGAACGGCAUGGUUCUCAAAUAGUGUGAGAAGAGGAAGCCGUUGGUUUUGGGUAUCUGAGGGUGGAGGUAUUACAAGUUGGGAGACUGCAGACUACCUUUUCAGUGAGGAUGCCACCUGUCCUGAUACAGAAAGGAUAUUUGAGAGUGUGGACUAUGCUGAGAACAGGCUAACAGUUUUUCACAGCUUCUAUCUAGCUGCCUGUGAGAAAUGCCACAGUGUCAAGUCGGUGUGCAUCGGUCAUUAUGUGCUGCCUCCAGUCUCUGUCCAGGAGGUGGUGAAAGCAGUGGUUGGGAGAUUCAUUUGGGAGCAGGAGGAUAAUGCAAAGGCUGUUGAUACAGAGGAUUCAGAUGACAGACUGGCAUUGGGCAAUAGGCAGAAGGAAGAGGACUACAGUGGAGGUUGCUGUGAUCACACAGACAUCAAUAGUUGCCAUGAGGUACCCUUUCUGGAUACUCCGGAUACUCCGCAAAGAGAGGGUGCUCUGUGUUGUGGAGUACAACAUUACCCAGUUAAUAACAUGGUUACAGGGUAUGUCAGUAUUGAUGAACUGAGGACUUACUCAGGAGAACUUCAAGACUUCCUACCAGGCCAUUGUGGUUCUUCAGUCUCUAAAAAAAGGCGCUCCACAGUAGAUAUUGCUUAAUGUCAUAUUACAAGGAUACAGAUCACAGGGAUAAUUAAGAGUAACACUUUUUAUUGGAGAAGAACAAAUACACUAUGGGGUGUUAAAUGGAAGAUUUAGCAGGAUCGCUAGACAGUGUUGUCCUUUUUCACUAUUCACCAUUGUUUUAGUUGUUGAAAUAUAAAAAAAUACAAUUAUUUAACCUAUUGAAUUAAAGAGUUUACAUACAUAUAUUGUUAUUUACACAGACAUGAUGAGAUAUACAGUGUGUUAUGAAUCAGAAAUAUCUGUCUCGGCUUCAUUCACUUUUCCCAGCAAAAUGAAGUCCAAACCCUGCAUGAAGCAUAGAAAAUCAAAACUAAAUGGUUACCAACACAUACAUAUAGCACACCUGAACCAGACUGGUUUGCAGUCAAUACUUAUUCAACACAUUGAAGAACAAACACAAGUUCCAUACUUGAAUCAGUAGAUAUUUUGACCCAGCCUUUUGCUUGUUACCUUCCAAUUUAUUGUUAUUUAACUAGGCAAGUCAGUUAAGAACAAAUUCUUAUUUACAAUGACGGCCUACCAAUAG